GCCCCGCCAUCUUUUUGCGGGGCGGGAGCAGCGCGCUCUUGCCUCGCGGGAAUGUCCCGCGUGGAGAGGAGCUAAUACAGGCCAAGAGAGAGAGGAUGCUCUAAGGAAAGGAAAAGAAACAAGAAAUAUAAAGAUUGGAAAGGAAGAGAUAAAAUUGCCAUUAUUUUAUCUACUUAGAAAAACCAACAGAACCAACAGGAUAUUAAGACUAAUAAAGUUCAACAAGAUUGCUGGAUUCAAGGUAAACUUUUAAAAAUCUAAUAGCACAUCUUUGGGAUGGUGGCCUGCGAUACGGAAGACGAAUGGGAAUGGGAUAAAAGGAAAUGGAGGGCAGGUGGGAGUGAGGCCAACAACCGGCCCUGUGUGUACCGAAGACGCUGUGCCACGAACUGACACGAAUUGAGUGUAUGUUUAAGUCUCUGCAUCCGGCGUAAAAAAAAAAAGGAAGAAGAAAACGCUUGGUGCACAUCUUUCAGUCUCCUUUCUCUAUGUUCACAUAAGUGCAUACACCUUCACACAGCUUUGUUUUUGGUGUUUUUUCAUCCUGUCUGGAUCUUAUUAUACCCGUUGGUUUACAAAUAAGUUUUUUCACUUAAUUGUGCAGCUCAGAGAGCUUUCCAUGUCAUUUUACAGAGGUCUGUCUUAUUCUUCCGAUUACUGAUGGAUAUUCAGUCAAUUUUACUUGUCUUCUCUUUUCCGUUCUCUCUGGUCAGCUGGGUGUCUGCCACGCUGUACCUACAGUCACCUUUGUUUCUCUGUCCUCUCUGUACCUUCCCUUUACUUAUUGGGUCUCCCCUGGAGUUCAAGAUUGAGGGACAUGGGAUAUGCAAGACGAUUCUGCUGCAGGCAGAGGUUGCAACUUGAGGUCAGGCAGGGGCUACUGUGGCAGAUUUGCUAUUUCUUCAGCCGCCUGCUCCUAAGUAGCUGUAUGGAGGAUACGACGCCACUCAGCAAACAUCCUGGUCCUUGCCUUCAAAUCCCUCCCGUCUGGCUUGGGGACAGACAGGUGAGUAACUCAGCCCCGGAAGAACAGUAUGGCGAGGGCAGUCUUCCAAGUUCACUAACUGCCUGGGUUUCCAUACCCGCAUCAUUUGCUAGAUGUUUGACGCUGGGCAAGUUAUUUCACCUCCUGACACUCAGUUUUCCCAUCUGUAAAAUGAGGAUGUGAGAGUCUAUUUUCUUAUAAGGUUGAAAGAAAGAUAAUACACGUAACGUGCUUAGCACACUGCCUGGCAGUGAUUUGAGGACUUUGAACUGUUAGGAAGCCAGCCAGGGUGUGGUCAAGCAUAAACGGAGCCCCAGUGAAACAGCGAGGCCUGGGCUCCGGGUUCCGGGCCUUCCCAAAAGAAGGCACAACCUGCAGAUGGGCAGCCUUCCCCUGGCAGAGUGGGAGCAGGCAUUCCAGGGGGCAGAGAGGUACAAGGAAAAGCACUGGGUUGAGAACCUGAGGUACGCAUGGGGAGUAAAAGUCCUUCUAAGGACGUGUGCAGAGAAGAAGGAGGUUCAGGGCCCCUCCAUGAACUCGAACCCCAAAGCGAAAGCCGCAGGUCUAUCAUAAGACUGCUGUCAGGGUCAGGCAAGGCUCCUAGAAGGAAGCUCCCUUCCCACCACCCUCCUGCCUUCUUCAGCAGGGCCUCCUCCCAGGGCUUGGUCACUCCCAGCAUGCAGCACCCCCACCCACCGCUGGUUGGGAGGCAGGCAGGAGGUUUUUCGCGGGGGCUGUGCCGGUGGGCGGUUUUCCCAGAGCAAGAAGUGAGGCAGGACUGCGUUGGCGCCAGCUCCCUCAGAUAUAGACAUCGCUGGCCAGAUGACCAGCCUGCCCGGCUAGCUUGAGCCCAAGGACUCCCUCAGGCACUGUGUUCCUGUCCUGGGAGCUGUGACACCACAUCCCUAAGGUGUGGCAUGUCACAGAGAAAGGCCAGAGGGGCACUGGCCAUGCCGGGAGUGGGGCAGAGCCCGGCGAAGGCCAGGCGGAGGCUGCUAGCAGGCACCCACAGCAGGAAGAGCCGCCUGAGCAGGACCAGGCAGGACCUGUGGGAAGGGACCGGCUGGAGCAACCAGAGAUGGAGCAGAGCUGCCCCUGCCCCCAGAGGGGCCGGCACCGGGAGCCUGGCUGGUGUCAGGAGUGAGGUCAGUCCUGAGAACGCCGCGCGGGAGCGGAGCCGGGUGAGGAUGCUGCGCCAGGCCUUCCUGGCCCUGCAGGCCGCUCUGCCUGCCGUGCCCGCAGGCACCAAGCUCUCCAAGUUGGAUGUGCUGGUGCUGGCCACCAGCUACAUAGCCCACCUCACCCGCACGCUCGGCCACGAGUUGCCUGGCCCCGCCUGGCCACCCUUCCUGCGUGGACUCUGCUUCCUGCACCCUCUCAAGAAGUGGCCAAUGAGAUCUCGUCUCUAUGCUGGAGGCCUGGGGUGCUCUGGCCUUGACUCCACCACAGCCACCAGCCUGGGCCAAAGAACAAAGGAGGCAGAGGCCGGGCCCCAAGUCCCUGGAGAGGCAGAUGCUCUCCUCCCCACCAGGCCACUCCCACCCGUUCUUGGUGAUAAAUGACCAUCACGCUCACCUUCACUCCUGGACUGCGACUCAAGCUUAGGGACCUGGUUUCUUCUCUACCAGGCCCUGCCUGUCUGCACGCUGACUCUUACCCUUUGGAUCUGACUCAGCCCCCAGGUUCCAGCCUGCAGACCAGACAAAGCCGCGGGCACAUCUGUGAUGGAGUGCUCAGGAGCACCAGGGAGUCCACCCUCAUCUUGGCACCAGGGGGCGACUCCCAGUGGCUCUUUCGUGGCAGCUACAAGGAAAUGGGAGAGGAAGGGGUUUGAUUGGGUUGGAGGUUGAGUAUG